UCGGAUCUAUAAAUUUAAUUUACAAUUUAGCCAAAUUUCCUAUCUGGAUGUGGUCACUAAUUAACAUUUAAGACAAUUCCGUCCGAAUUAAUUGCUUGAUGUGAUGAUCCUGACAGGUCCUGUGUUACCUGACAAAAACUAGGGCUAAUAAUUGCCGUCUUAUUAAAUUAAAUGGUGGAAAUUAUAAGAUAAUUGAAUAUUAAUUAAGAAGUCGGCUCAUAUAUCUUCGUUUUCAUCCCACGUAGCUCAGUACGUGUUGUGUCUGUUUCAGAAGAUGGGUCUCAUUGCGACAAGGAGUGUCUCGAUGCUUUUCUGGUUAAUGGUUGUCUACCUUGUACUCACUAACGCACAACGAAGACAGAAGAAGUCUUGUAGAGAUACAUGCUAUCCAAUCAGAGUCAAAUGUAUGUCAAAGUGUAAAAAAGGCUUCUGGCGAAAUUUGUCAAAACCCAAAUUCCUGAUGUGUUCCGAAAAAUGUGAUCUUGGAGCAUUUAUGUGCUACCCACGUUGUGACUGCGUGGCUUUGACGGAGCGGGAAAAAGCAGGAUGCGAUAAGACGUGCGAUUCAUUUCCCUUCAGGAGUUCCUUUGACAGAUCUCAUUGUCACAAGGAGUGUAAAUUUGACUAUGAGGACGCCCAAAAGUCUUGUACAGGACGACAUCAGAUUCAGAGGGCUGCAAAUACUAAAAAUGGACAACAGAAGACAUGAGUUAGAAUAUGUGCAAAUAAACUCUAAACAACAUGGUCAAAAAGACCUCAGAAAGGACAGCGCAUGCCCAGUCUUUCCGCUGCUUAGUACAAUCUAAGUUUAUUUAUUUACUUGUACAUCCAUUGUGUCUGCCGUCCUAAUAACAUUUCUGUAUGCGAAUGUUCGUGGAAUCUUGCGACGGGUGCAGGGUCUCAGUUUAAUUUCCAUUGUAAUUAUGCAUAUCAUCUAAAACUUUCAUAAAUUAGAUUUUAAUGAAGCGUUUAAACUAUCCAUUGUACGCUUUAUUUUGCAAAAACUAAAACAACUACUAAGUGUUUCUCCAUGCAAUUUACACCGGAGUUAUUGUCCUGUCAAAUGUAAACCUAAUGGUGUUUAAAUCUCAAAGAAUUUGCAUAAUAUAAUGUAUAAUCAUCAAGUGAAAUUAUCACUUCUUUGUUGUGUUACGUUUCAAAUAAAUUGUUCAGAAUAUC